AUGCCCAUCACCCAGGAGAAUGCGGUCAGCCACCUCCCUGUGCUGGAGGGCUGGCUGAGGUCGCAGGAGGAGCAGCGUGGGAGGGGAGGCGGGGGUGGCGUGUCUCUCUGCCGGGCCGCCAUCUGCAAGCUGGUGGAGUACAUCGAGCUGAACUUCAUGGACGGAGACGGCCUCCUGCCGGAUGCCCUGCCGUCGCUGCCCCGGGAGGGGGCGGACGCCGAGGUGCGCGCCAUCUGCCUCAACAAGUCAGAGGGGGACGGGGAGGAGUUUGGCCUCAGCUUUGGGAACAUCCCCAUCUUUGGGGACCCAGAGGGUAGAAAGAAGGGAGGGAGGAGGAGGAGGAGGAAGGGGGACAGGGGUCCCGUGCUGGACGUGGGCUGCAUAUGGGUGACGGAAGUGAGGAAAAUGAGUCCCGCCGCCCGCUGUGGGGAGAUCAAGCUCCGGGACGAGCUGCUGUCACUCAACGGGCAGCUGAUGGUGGGCGUGGAUGUCACAGGAGCCAGUUAUCUGGCUGACCAGUGCUGGAAUGGCGGCUGCAUCUACUUGAUAAUGCUGCGCAGGAUCAAACGCAAAGCACCUAUCCCUCCGUGUAACGGCGGGGGUGGGGGCGGCGUCAGCACCAUCGAACAGUGCAGCGGCAGCUUCCCCCCAGAGCCCCGAGGCAGCCCGGCGCAGAACGGCAAGCGCACACGCAAGUUCGGGGUCAUCUCCCGCGCCGCCUUCACCCGCGACAGCAAGGACGGAGGUGACCCGGAGCGGGAAAAUGGGUACUGCUCCUCCAUGGACGCAGAGGCCACCCCAUCUCAGGACAGCAUCCCAGAGUACACGCCCACAGAGGGGGAGCCAGUGACCGUCCCACCUGUGGCAGUGCACAGCAUGGGGUCUGCUGCAGCGACCCUGCCUCCUCUCCCCCAUAUCCGCCUUUCUGAGAGCUGCAAGAGCGAAUCACUGAACAGCGAGCUUUCCUAUCAGCCCAAGGAGGGCAGCAGGAUUUGGAAGAUGCACAUGGUAAAGGGCCAGGAUGGCCUGGGGAUCCAGAUCACUGGGGGUCGGGGGUCCAAGCGAUCCCCCCACGGAAUCAUUGUGGCUCAUGUGGAAGAAGGGGGUGCAGCACAGAGGGAUGGCAGGCUGAAGAUUGGGGAUGAGCUGCUCAUGAUCAAUGGCCACUCGCUAGUUGGACUGUCACACCAAGAGGCGGUGGCCGUCCUCCGCGCCUUCAAAGGGCUGGUCCAGCUGGUCAUUGCCAGCAGGGAGGAGUCCAAUGUCGACUUCCACAGAUACCCGUCCACCAGCCUGCCGGAUCUGGUCAGCACCUGCUCGUCCCAGGACACCUCUCUGCCCCCCCCGGACAGCAGAAAGAGCGGGGAGCCGGACACAGAGGACGUGACGGCGAACCACCCCUGCCUGCCCACCCGGAACUCGUUCACUGAGUUGGAUAAACUAGAGGAGCGAGGACACAUAGAGGGAGCCAGGGGAUGCUGUCGCAGCCCAACGCCCAUGAAAUUCCGAAGCCGGUCUCAAGGGGGAGGCAGCCGCUUGGAGUCUGUCGGGGAGGACGACGAGCUGAUCGUAGAGAACGGGGACGCUGGCUGUGAUAUGGCGGAGAAGUCCUCACGAGGCGGGCGCAAGCACUCCCUGCCCCAACAGCUCGACACUGUUGGUGUCCGGCAGGAUUGUCACAUUGUGAAGAAGUCUGCACGUUCCCUAAGCACCAUUCAGGUGGAGUCCCCAUGGCGACUGGCCCAGCCGUCUAUUAUCUCGAACAUAGUGCUGAUGAAAGGACAAGGGAAGGGACUGGGGUUUAGUAUCGUAGGAGGACAGGACUCGGCUCGCGGAAGAAUGGGGAUUUUUGUGAAGACGAUCUUCCCCAACGGAGCUGCUGCUGCUGAUGGGAGGCUGAAAGAGGGUGAUGAGAUCCUGGAGGUGAAUGGAGAAUCUCUGCAGGGCCUCACCCACCAGCAGGCCAUCCAGACCUUCAAGCAGCUGAAGAAGGGUGUGGUGACCCUGACGGUGCGCACCCGGCUGCGCAGCCCCAGCCUCACACCCUGCCCCACCCCCACGCUGCUCAGCCGCUCCGCCUCCCCCCACUCCAGCGCCAGCGGUGGGACGCCUGCGCCCACGGGGUCCGAGGACGCGGACGUGGCCGUGGCCUACCGCAAGGGCCCCGGGCCCAAGGAUCGCGUCGUCAUGGAGGUGGCGCUCACCAAAGAGCCUGGCGUGGGGCUGGGUAUUGGGGCCUGCUGCCUCACGCUGGAGAACAGUGCUCCCGGGAUCUAUAUCCACAGCCUGGCCCCUGGCUCCAUCGCCAAGAUGGACGGCAGACUCAGCCGGGGGGACCAGAUUCUGGAGGUGGACGCUGUGAGCCUUCGUCAUGCAGCCCUGAGUGAGGCCUACGCCAUCCUGAGUGAAUGUGGGCCCGGCCCAGUCAGCCUCAUCAUCAGCCGGCACCCCAACCCAAAAGUUUCUGAGCAGGAGAUGGAUGAAGCAAUUACUCGCAGUACUCACAGAGAGAGCCUGAAUAAGGAUGGCCACUCAUGUCACGUGACUGGACUGCCCUCCAAGGCCCCCUCUCCCACGGUCAGAGCAAGGCAGGGUGACGGCUCAUCCUCUCUCAGCUGGACCAUGAGGAGAUUCCUGGAGCCAGCCAGCAGGCAGGGAUCCUUGAGCUCCGAGUCUGAGCUCUCUCAGUACUUCACACAAGACGUCACAAACCAGUCCUCUCUCACCGAAACCAUGGUGACCAGCACCAGCAAUGGCGGCCUACACCAUCACAAGAAGUGCAGCACCUCGAUGGACCGUAUUGGAGCUCCUCAUUGUGCAGCCUCUGGUAUGAGUGCGCAUGGCAGUGGCAAAGCCUCAGGCCCGUCUGACAGGCAUGCAGACACAGCUCAUCAGAGCAGCUCUGUCCGCAGCCCCCUGCAGCGCCAGCGACACCUCGUCUGCUAUGAGGAUGAAAGCAGUGAUGAUGACGAGGAUGUGCGGCACGUUGAGGUCGACGGCAGGAGGUCUCUGCAACCUCGGGGGGUCUCUGACGUCGACCCGGGUGUGGCAGUUAGCUUAGAGGCCGAGGAGGGUCAGGACAGGGGACAGGUGCGAAGGAACUUCAGCAGCCAUGAAUCCAAUGGGCUGUCUGGCCAGGACAGCCCCCGGCCACAGCCUAACCCCCCAGGUACGGAGUCACCUUUCAUUCCCAUCCGCUGCCAGGAGGGGGGAGGGGCGGACAGUAACCUGGGGGUGAAGAAGGACCCCCAGGGAAAUGUGCAGGUGGACUCCAAGCACUCCCCCAAGCUGGAGCACAAGGCCGUGACACGGGUCAAGAGCAUGCUGAGCACCGAGUGCCCGAGCCCGCCUCAGCGGCCAAAGGGGGAGGGGCCAGCCUCUCAGCCCGCCCACACCGGGGCCUGGCCCCAAUCCCGCCCACCCUCCCACUGCAGGAAGGUGGAGCCCGGUGAGCUGGCUGGGGUGUAUACCUUGGAGACAGUGUUCCUGCAGAGGAGCGAGGCAGAGUCAUUUGGCAUGGACCUGGAGAUCACUUCCUCCCCUCUAAAAGUGGUGAUCACAGGGCUGCGGCCUGGAGGAGCAGCAGAGAGAGAAUCUAAGGGAAAGCUGUGUGUUGGAGAUGAGAUUGUGGCGAUAGGAGACAGCCUGGUGUGUUCCUCUUCCUAUCAGGAGAUCUGUGAUCUCAUGCACAGUCUUCCAGUGACCCUCACCUUAGAGGUCAAAAAGCCAGUCUCAGCUGUAGAUCGACUGUCUAGUUUGAAGAUGUCAUCAGGCAGUGAAGGACCCUUUCAGGUGGAUUAUUCCAAAACUGCUUUGGAUGAGAGCACUGGAGAUCCAGAGAUGGAGUGUUCCCCUGAAAAAUCAGAGGCUGCAGAUGCCAAUUCAAAUCACUCUGUUCAAACAAAUCACAAGAACGAUGUGCCAGUUACCAACAUUGAUGAUUUUAUAACCGAGAUAAACUCAUCAGAUCAGAUUUUAAACCCUGUGCCCACAUUUGCCAGUCCUGAUGUAUGUGAGAGUGGAAAUGCCCUUAGCAGAGCUACAACCGAAAGCAGUACCCCCCAAGGCAACAAAAACAAUUCAUCUCACCCUAUACUGCAACCAAGCAUUUUGGAUUUCUCUGUUUUGGACACAGGAAAUAAAAGCCAUCAUGUUCCUGUUGGUAAAACAUUUCUAAACAGUUACUCCAGGAACUUCAGCAAUCUCAGUGGAGAGGAGACUGAGACAGACAGAACCACUGAGGAAAGAGAUGACAUGACUCUGAAGUGCAUGUACAGCAUGGUAGACGAUAGUGAGUCUGAGAGUGAUUCUGCCACGGAGAGCAUUCAGCAAGCGGCAAGAUCACCCUGCGCUGAUCCUCUCCAGGCAGACUCUGAUGAUGAGCAAGUUGAGAUCUGCUAUCGUAAAAACAGCAGAAGCAACACUGAGGAUCACAAGGUCACAGAAAGGUCCUCUGCGUUAUCCCUUAAUCAUGAGAAAGAAUCACACUUGUUUGACCCGUGUCAGGGAGAGCUUCCUCUUUCUGUGCAGAAAUCCGUCUCCUCAGGCCCAACCUCCCCGUCUCACACAAGUAAACACAAUGUUAAUCUUGGUGAAUAUAUGCAAACUCAGUCCCCACCAGCAUGUGCCAAGAAAGACAGCUCCACUGUUAGCAUCCAGUCCAAGAGAAUGUCCUCAGCAUGCAACUUAAAAACCAGCAAGCAGCAGGAGAAAAUGACCCCCACGUCACCAAAAACCUAUAACCACAGACAAGAUAAGAACUCGUUCCGUCCAGUAUCUACACAUGCUUCAGGCAAGAAGGAAUCCCUGGAGAAAACUGUCAACAACAUAGGUUCUGACCCUACUGAAGGGUCAAUAACGCCUUCACUGGAGGAAGACUUAAGUGAACAAACAGGUUUGUCACGGUCAACUGCUGGAGUACAUCAGAGUCAGGUAAAACCCUCUAGCUCAUGUAGUGAAGACACAUUUACUACAACAAUAAAUAAUGCAGUGUCAAAUGCAGUUGGUCAAGCAAGAAAACAGCACGCUUAUACAAACAACUGCCAAAUGGAUGGUGCUUUCAGAUACACUACCAAAUUGGACACAGAUGAGAAUGCCAAAGCCAGCAGGUCCAAAUCACACCAUUUAAGAUCAGAGAGACGGAGUUAUUCCACAGAGACCAGUGUGCCUCCAGGCCCCAAUCCCUCCUCUGUUCAGCAGAGAAUCAAAUCCUUUGAGAACCUGUCUGGCCCUGAUAGGCCGGCCAUUGUGUGCAUUGAUGUCCAGUCCUAUGCUCUUCCAAGCAAAGCUCCCCUAAACAGGAAAUCAUCUGGCCACGUGGGGUCAGGAAACCCUCAGUCCACUGAAUGCCAGUCCUUGACAAGGAGUACAAGCUCCUAUGCUGACAAAGUCAGUGAGGUUCCACCAGAAAGCUCUUACUUGGGAGUUCCUCCAUCCAAUGUGGCUCUGUUGAACUUUGAUGUGCCAGAACCUGACAGCCACACAGAGGCCCAAGCAGAGGGGAAGAAUAUUGGUGUUCCUGGUGAGCUGAAGCAGGACUGCCCACUCCACACCCCAUCUGUGGUGCAGACCCGGAGCUCCCGGGCCAGCUCGGGCCUGGCCCGCACCAGACUGAGAGAGCUGAGGGCACUGAGCAUGCCUGAUCUUGACAAGCUGUGCACCGGCGAAUUUUCCAGCGAUGUGGGCGGGGCCCCUGCCGAUACAGAGCUCGAGGGCCGACCCAGGGAGUCCUUGGCACCUGGGGGCCCUCAGUGGUUAAAUUCCACAUCUUCCAGUGGGUCAGACCUCACACGGGCGAACAGGGGGACAUCCAACAGGGGCAUGGGGAGAGAGACCAAUGGUGCACAGUCUACAGAUGCUAGCUGGUCCAUCAGUCUGAGCAAGCUGAUCACCUCCCCUCUGGAACAGAGUAAGCUGCAGAGUGUUCUUACCUCCUUGAAGCAUAACACAGAUGUGCUGACCAUGAUUCAGGAAGUCAAGGCUCUGGCUGAGGUGAUAGAGGAUAUUUACUUUGUGGUUCUAACUAAAGAGGAAGGCUCUGGUCUGGGAUUCAGUAUUGCUGGGGGAGUCGACUUGGAGCAGAAAUCCAUCACCGUCCACAGGGUGUUCUCCAGAGGGGUGGCUAAUAAGGAGGGCACCAUUCGGCGGGGGGACAGCAUCAUCUCCAUCAAUGGCACUUUGCUGGGAGGGGUGAGACACGGGGAGGCCCUGUCCUGUCUCCACCAAGCCCGCCUCCCCAGGCAAGCUGUGGUGGUCAUCAGGAGGGGGAGGGACAGUGAGCUCUCCCCACCCAGACAGGAAGUCCCCAUUGGAACAGGAAGAAGAGUUCAGUGUUCCACAGACAUCACCAUGGGAACAGCACCAGCUGUGGAGGUGGGACCAGACGGAGCCAUGAGUGUGGAGCUCCAGAAGACCUCUGCAGGCCUCGGCUUCAGCCUGGAGGGGGGCAAAGCCUCCGCCCAGGGGGACAGACCUCUCAACGUCAAGCGCAUAUUCAGAGGGGGCGCUGCUGAGCUGUCCAGAGUCAUUGAUGUUGGAGAUGAGGUCCUGGCCAUUAAUGGAAGGUCUCUUCAGGGACUUAUGCACUAUGAUGCCUGGAACAUUAUCAAAUCUGUGUCAGAGGGCCCUGUCCAGCUGCUCAUAAGAAAACCCAGGACCUCUGUAUGA